UUCUUUCUCUUUUUCUCCUUAGAUUCACUCUUCCUUUUUUCCUCUCCACUUGUACUCACCAUUUUCCUCCAUCCUUUUUUUUCGUGUUAUAUAAAUUCCAUCAAUUAGGAGCUAGAACUUGAAACCCUAGCUUCUGCUCUGAGGUUUUCCACCUUCUCUUUUCAUCCACAUAUAGGUGGUGCCAAUGUCGACUCCUGCGAGGAAGAGGCUAAUGAGGGAUUUUAAGAGGUUGCAACAAGACCCACCUGCAGGCAUCAGUGGAGCACCCCAAGACAACAAUAUUAUGCUCUGGAAUGCUGUGAUAUUCGGUCCUGAUGAUACUCCUUGGGAUGGAGGUACAUUCAAGUUGACUCUUCAGUUUACAGAGGAUUAUCCAAACAAACCCCCAACGGUUCGAUUUGUUUCUCGAAUGUUUCAUCCAAAUAUUUAUGCUGAUGGAAGUAUUUGUUUGGAUAUUUUACAAAAUCAAUGGAGCCCUAUAUAUGACGUAGCUGCUAUACUCACAUCUAUCCAGUCAUUGCUCUGCGAUCCCAAUCCGAAUUCCCCUGCAAAUUCUGAAGCUGCUCGGAUGUUUAGUGAGAACAAGCGUGAGUACAACCGAAGAGUAAGGGAAAUAGUGGAGCAGAGCUGGACAGCAGACUAGCUCUUCCUUGGGUGGAGUAAUUCAAGUCUGAAGGUUUUGGGGCAUGUUUUAUUGACAUUGCCAUUUCAUUAUCCAAUAUCAGGAGUUGUUGAAUUUAUCCUGUAUUUCUCAUGUCAACCUUUCAUAUAUGAUGGGAGAGCUAUUUGAUCCAUAUUAUAGUAUGACUUUUCAGUGUGUUGUGUCUUUGAUCUUUUGUAAAAUAGAAUUUUAUGAAUCAAUUUGCAAUGAAUUUCUAUGAACUGCCAUCGUUUGAUAAACAAGUUGUCUUUGACAUUUCUUCUA